AUGGUUAACCAAGGGUCCCACACCACCAAAGGAGAACCAAACACUUAUGCACAACCCCGAAUGAUCUCUGUAGCCAUUGAAGACACCCCCUCCUUCCUUGCCCUCCACUCACAACGCCACCUCUUUCCUCUGUCCCCGCCACUAUGGAUGACUGUCACACCGUGCGGCCUGUCACGAAACACUAUAAGACCCGCCGGCAAUAGAAGUCACAAACACAGGACAGUAAUGACCGUACACGACUCACCCCCCGCGGCGAUCCCACUACUGCCACACAGCUCCCAGCCAUCAGGGCCACAGCAGUUCAGAGGGCGCUUCAAACUGUCUCGGUUCAUCUUCUCGUCGGCUUCUGGUCAGACUAUAAUGACAGCCGUCAGCCAAGCAGCGCACCACAACUUUGCCCUUAAGGGAAAAAUUUUGCACGAAUUUAAAGUGACAGUGAUCGACUCCUCGGAAGGAAGUCUCGUUGCAAAGGCGAACCACCGUUGGUCGCCAGUGAGAAAGGCAUCGUCUGCGGUCAUAACAAUGUUGGCUUACGCAAGAAGGCCGCUCUCAUGUCUCGCUCAGAACGUGUUUGUGGUGAGAAACACUAUUGGAACUCAGAGGGGCCAUUGCUUACGGCAUCAGUGGCUGCAGCGGCCCUUUGCUACCGGAAAGAGUGGCCCAAUUAAGUCGUCUAUGUUGAAGAGAUAUGGGAAGCUGCUCAGUAUGGGUUUCGGAGUGGGUGCUUUUGCAGGAGUUUACUAUGCCUACGAGUUUUACAAGAAGAUCACCACUCCAGUGUCCAACCCCUCGGAGGGCGGGGAGUAUAUCCUGAAAGAGUCGCCACCAGAGUACACCCCGGCAAGAACAAUUCAUGUGCCAACAGACACCACUGGUUUGAAGAUCACACUGUUUCAGUACCAGACAUGCCCAUUCUGCUGCAAAGUCAGAGCAUUCCUAGACUUUUAUGGCUUCAACUAUGAUGUGAUUGAGGUGAACUCUGUGACUCGCUCUCAGACUAAAUGGACAGACUACCGAAAAGUUCCAUUUCUCAUCAUAAAGUUUCCAGAUUCAGAAACUAUUCUGCAAUUGAAGGACAGCACCAUGAUCAUUUCUGUGCUGGAGUCUUACCUCCGCAACAAGAGCGAGAGUAUGCAGAAGUUAGUCAAGUGCUAUCCCACCAUCAACUAUACAGAUGAAGAAGGAGAAAAGCGCGUUGAGAUAAUGAACAAGUACUUCCUCAUGUACGGACAGCAUCCAUCGGGACGCACAAAGGAGGAUAUUGUAGAGGAACGCAAAUGGAGGAAGUGGGUUGACGAUGUCCUAGUCCAUGUACUGUCACCAAAUGUUUAUAGAACUCCAUCUGAGGCUUUUCAAGCAUUCCAGUGGUUUUCUAAGGUUGGCAACUGGGAAGAGCUUUUUGCUACUUGGGAAAGACUGUUGGUUGUGUACGUUGGAGCUGCUGCCAUGUAUCUCAUUGGAAAGAACUUGAAGAGAAGACAUCAACUGCAUGAUGAUGUACGAGAGUCAUUUUACAAGGAAGUUAAUGUCUGGCUGAAGGCUCUCAAGAAGAAAGGUACAAGGUUCAUGGGAGGUGAUACUCCAAACUUAUCAGAUCUCAGUGUUUAUGGUGUCCUGACAGCAGUGGAGGGCUGUGAUGCAUUUCAGGAUGUUAAGAAAAAUACAAAAAUAUCGCAAUGGUUUGAGAACAUGACAGAAGUUGUAAAACAGCAUAGUGGUGCUACACUUGUCACUGAGAGAGGCAGUUCUACAUGAUGACUGUGAGCAGAUCUAUGGCUUAGGUGAUGGGAGAUAUAUCAGUUCAUGCAAUGUUUGUUUGCACAUACUAUUUCUCCAUUAAUGAUCAGGAAGAUCAUAGUGUGAAUAUUUAAAUUGUAUAUAUGAAUAGGAUUUCUUGAAUUAUCAUAGGCUGUUGUGAUGAUUCUGAAUCUAUUUAGCUUAUCUAUGGCAUUAUUUGAAAUUGUGCAUCAAUGGUUUUUUACUAAUUAGGGGAAUUCAUAUACAUAUUUUGUACUGCAAAAUUGUUAUUAAUUGGUUGAAAUUAAAAUCAGAUAUUCAUUCUUAAUAUUUUGUUGCAGGUGCAGUCAAUAAGUGCAUAAUUUUUUAUCACUAAUUGAAUAUGUAAAUAAAAUUUUAGAGAAAA